GGCGUGCGAGCGCGCAGUUGACCCGCGACAAGCGCGCACGUCGCGCGCUGCGCCACGCCCGAGUGAUGUCACACGCGCCCGCGCCCGCUGUGCAGUGAUUGUGACCAUGGUAGCGAUGGUAGCUUCAGCCUCCGGAUACGGCACCCUCCGCCGCUUCAUGAGCGCGCCGGAAGGUCAGCCCGGCAUGGAGGAGGCCGCAGUCGUGACCAGCACAUCUGUCGCCGUUUCGUCAAAGCAGCGAGCGUCGAUCAAAUGGCUGUUAUCGAAGGCCUUCAACAACAGAGUCCCCGAGAAUCUUGUGGAACCGUUCUACAGGGAUCAUGAGGAUCAGGAGCAUCUGAAGCCACCAAUCGUAGGGGGGCUCGCGAACGCGGAGCUUUACUGCCUCGCGCUCGCGAACAUGUACUCCGACCCGAACUACCACAGUCUGAACCACUGGAACAUCCUGCAGACCCUGGCCAGGAAGGGCGUGCACGUGCCCGACCCGCCCGACUGUGCGCUCACCGAGACCGUCCUCAUACAGACCAACCCGCUGCGAAUGAGCGCACACAUGGCGGUGGUGGAAGCUCUAAUGGUGCUAUACGCGCGGGAGGUAGUGACGCCGGACCGCGUGUCGGCGGCGGCGCAGCGGUUCGGUACCUCCCAGCCGCCGCCCGCCGGGCCCUCCGUGCCGCACGAGGACGGCAUACUGUGCUGGAUAAACGCGGCCUGUGCAGCGCUUAACAAGGCCGAGAGCUCACAUAUGGCGGUGGUGGAAGCUCUAAUGGUGCUAUACGCGCGGGAGGUAGUGACGCCGGACCGCGUGUCGGCGGCGGUGCAGCGGUUCGGCACCUCCCAGCCGCCGCCCGCCGGGCCCUCCGUGCCGCAUGAAGACGGCAUACUGUGCUGGAUAAACGCGGCCUGUGCAGCGCUUAACAAGGCCGAGGAGGACUCGUCCCAGCACGUGCCGAUGGUGAGCAGCCUGCAGGACCUGUGCGACGGGACGGCCCUGGCGGCGCUCAUCUCGUUCUACUGCCCCGACGCGUUGCCGCGCGCCGCCGUGCGAGUGGGCCGCAUGGCCUCCAUCCAGGACUGCCUGCACAACCUCAUGCUCGUGCACGACUUCUGCCAGCACUGCCUGCCGCACAACGUGUUCCACAUGCUGCCCGAGGACGUCACCUACAUGCGAGGGUCAAUGCGACAGAACCUAGUGGCGAUGCUAGCGGAUCUCUUCAACAUGCUAGAAGUUCACCCAGUGAAGUCCGUCAAACACCCAGGCACCGCGUGCUCGCGCAGCAACGUGCACGGCGUGCGCCACACUCGCGGGCUGCCGCCGCCGCCGCCCACGCCGAUUCCGGACCUGCGAGCCGGCGAGCCCGCCUCUCCCACGCCGCACCACGCCAAGGCGUUCGCAGUGCCUCGGUCGCCGUCGGCCCGCGGCGUGGCGUACGGGCGGUCGGCGUGCUCGACGCCGGAGCGCCGCAGCUGCAGCCCGCAGCGCGAGGAGUUUGUGGUGCACCGCGGCCGCCAGGUCACCACGUUGGCCACUAUCGCGCGCCAGCACGACGACGCAGCGUCCGUGACGUCAGAAUCGUCGGCAGCGGCGGCCGUAGCGGCGGGGCGGCCGUCGUGUCGCGAGAACUCCGGUUCGUUCGCGGGCCGGCGCUCGCGUCGCGGCUCGGUGUCCGACGACUCGCAACUCACCGUGGAGAACUUCGGCGGCUCGCAGGACCGCUUGCACUUCGCUGGACGCAACCCCGAGAAGGAGUUGGCAACUGUUGCUAAUGUGCGGAAGAUCUCCGCGCCUGCCGGCCCGCUAGACUACAACCCGCCUCUGCGCUCGUCGCGGCAAGACAUCCGCGGCUCCAUACAAUUCUUCCACGGGGAUUUCCAGAACGGGUCCCAAGAAGAAAAGCCUAAGAUGGAGCGGCAGCAGUCCCAGCCGCAAACAGACAGCGAACAGCCCUACUUUCCUAUCAGAAGGCAGCUCAGCAGCGACACCAUAAGCUUGAAUCAGCUGGGGUUCAGCUAUAAGGGCGGCGGCGAUGGCUUCUUCCUAAACGACCGAGACGCGACCGAUGGCGACGGAACCAAAACGAGCUUCGCCGACCUCAAUAGGAUUAGGAGUAAUGGCGAUCAAGGCGUACAGUCUCCUUUCGGCAAGGACGGCGGCGGCGGCGGCGGCGGCGAGCGGCGGAAGACGUCGUUCUCCACGCCGCCGCCUAACACCACCACGUGGCAGCAGCAGUUCCUGCAGCAGGAGAAUCAGCCGAACGGCGACGAGCUAUCAGACGAUGGACAAGCAGGCGGCGGCGGCGCGAUGGCAGCCCAGCUCAACAACAUUCGCCUGAAGUUAGAAGAGAAGCGACGCCGCAUCGAGCACGAGAAGCGCCGCAUGGAACUCGACGUCAGCCGUCAGAGGCAGCAGUUAGGCCAGCAGGCAUUCCUGCAAGCCGUCACGAGGGGCAAGGGCGCGCGCUCGCCGCCGCACGACGCGCCGCAGCCGGAGCCCCGCGCCGCCCAGGAGGAUGCGCCGAAUCAAACCGUGGACACUGUCGCUUUGGAGCAGUACCAACAAUCUAUAGCCAAAAUGAACACCAGCUUGCAAGACAUCCAGAGCGACAUCGCGCGGCUGGCCAGCCAGCAGAGCCAGAUACAGCAGCAGCAGCAUCAGGCCCAGCAGCUAUUCCAGCCGCCCGCGCCGCAGCCUCCGCCCUCGCCCUACCAGUACCAGCAUCAGCAGCAACAUAAUCUGCAGCAUCAGAUGCAGCACCCGCACCAACUCCCGCCACAGCAACCAAACAUUCCACAAUUGCACAGCCAAUUCAGCUCACAGCACAACGUGUCGCGGCCCGCGCUCGCCGCCGGCUUCGGCUCCACGCCGCAUCUGCCGCGAGACCUGUACCAGGGCCCGUACUACGAGCCGCACUUGUACCAGUAUCGCGACAUGGAGCCCGAGCCCGGCCGCUUCUACCUGCACGACGCCGCGCCGCAGCGCAAGACAUGGGCGCAGCACGCGCAGCACCAACACCAGCAGCAGCAGCAGCACCAGCAGCAGCAAGAAGCGCAGGAGCGCGGCUGGCAGCUCCACCAACAAAAUCACCAGUAUCAACAGCCGGCGGCGGAGCCUCCGCAGCGGUCGUGGAAGUCCCCUUCCCCGCAGCCGCCCGAGCGGAACUGGACCCCGCAGGGCUUCGUGCUGCACGACCGCGCCAGCCAGCCCUUCCAGGUCCACUACAGCACCGACCGCUACCAGAACGGCACCGAGAACGCGCGGGACCCCCAAAACCACUUAAGCUACACUGUGAUAAACCCCAACCAGUACGUUUCCCAGUCGCCUCCGCUCGCGGCGAGUCCGCAGCGGCGGGCCAAGACGCCGCAGCGCCAGGGCUCGCUGCCCGAGCGUCGACCAGACGCCGUCAGCCUGCAGCAGUUACAAACACCGGCGCCGCCCGACGAUAUGGAACCGCAGAAUAUUUCCUUCAUCGGCAACGCCGAGGACGACGCGCUGCGCCAGGGCAUCAACCGCCUCAACAUUUCCUCGGGCACGCGCACCUACCGUAUCCCGUCGCCCACGCGGCCCUCGCUCGGCCGCUCGUCCUUCCAGCAGCCCGACGACGACGCCAACGAGAAAGGCUUCUACAUUUCCUUCGACACCGACCAGCCGAAGCGGCCGAAGCCGCCGCUGCGCGCCAAGCGCAUGUCGCCCAAGAAGGAGAAGUCGGAGCUGAGUCCCGACCGGAGCCCUGAGAACACCUGGAACGAGCGAGUCGACCGGGUGGACCGUGUGGACCGGGUGGCGAGCCAGGAAGAAGAGUUUGUCGUGCACCGGGCGAAUGUGGAGCCGUUGCGAGCCGCGCCCGAACGCAGGGACGCGCCCGAACCCGCCGCUCUAGUCAUUGGCGAACUCAAUCCUGACCCGACAUCAGCAGAAGAAAUGGAGCGUAAGAAAGAGCGUAUCAUGCUGCUGUCUCUCCAAAGACGGCAGCGCGCAGACGAGGCGCGGGCGCGGGCAGAAGCGGCGGCGGCGGCGCGGCGCGCGCGGGACGAGGCGGCCGCCGAGCUCAAGUUGUCCCGCAAGGAGGAGCAAGCACGCCGUCGCGAGCUCAUCCUCCGCCAGUACAAGCUCAAGAAGGCCAUCGAGGAGGCCGAGAGGGAGGCGGCCGCCGAGCUCAAGCUGUCCCGCAAGGAGGAGCAGGCGCGCCGCCGCGAGCUCAUCCUCCGCCAGUACAAGCUCAAGAAGGCCAUCGAGGAGGCCGAGAGGGAGGCGGCCGCCGAGCUCAAGUUGUCCCGCAAGGAGGAGCAAGCACGCCGUCGCGAGCUCAUCCUCCGCCAGUACAAGCUCAAGAAGGCCAUCGAGGAGGCCGAGAGGGAGGCGGCCGCCGAGCUCAAGCUGUCCCGCAAGGAGGAGCAGGCGCGCCGCCGCGAGCUCAUCCUCCGCCAGUACAAGCUCAAGAAGGCCAUCGAGGAGGCCGAGAGGGAGGCGGCCGCCGAGCUCAAGCUGUCCCGCAAGGAGGAGCAAGCACGCCGUCGCGAGCUCAUCCUCCGCCAGUACAAGCUCAAGAAGGCCAUCGAGGAGGCCGAGAGGGAGGCGGCCGCCGAGCUCAAGCUGUCCCGCAAGGAGGAGCAAGCACGCCGUCGCGAGCUCAUCCUCCGCCAGUACAAGCUCAAGAAGGCCAUCGAGGAGGCCGAGAGGGAGGCGGCCGCCGAGCUCAAGCUGUCCCGCAAGGAGGAGCAAGCACGCCGUCGCGAGCUCAUCCUCCGCCAGUACAAGCUCAAGAAGGCCAUCGAGGAGGCCGAGAGGGAGGCGGCCGCCGAGCUCAAGCUGUCCCGCAAGGAGGAGCAGGCGCGCCGCCGCGAGCUCAUCCUCCGCCAGUACAAGCUCAAGAAGGCCAUCGAGGAGGCCGAGAGGGAGGCGGCCGCCGAGCUCAAGCUGUCCCGCAAGGAGGAGCAAGCACGCCGUCGCGAGCUCAUCCUCCGCCAGUACAAGCUCAAGAAGGCCAUCGAGGAGGCCGAGAGGGAGCGGGACGAGGCGGCCGCCGAGCUCAAGCUGUCCCGCAAGGAGGAGCAAGCACGCCGUCGCGAGCUCAUCCUCCGCCAGUACAAGCUCAAGAAGGCCAUCGAGGAGGCCGAGAGGGAGGGCAAAGUCUUAGACAAGACGGAGUUCCUCGAGGCCCUCAACAGCGGCGGGAAUCCCGGGACCGACCGGGACCGGGAUAGGGGGGGAGGGGGCAACACUAACACGCGACUACGAACCAAAGCGGGCGCCGCGCGCGCCCGGCCUAAGACGAUACAUGUUGACAGCGGCGCGCUGCACCAAGCUGAGGGACUGAGGGCUAAACAGCCUUCGAAUACCAACCUCACAGCGGGCGGCACCAUGCGGCGCGACUACUACCGCGGCUCGCAGGACUCGCUGGCCGAGCGCGCCGGGCUCUACCGCGUGACGCCAGCUGAGUCACCCGUAGAGGAGCGCGGGGGCGCGUCCCCCGGUAGCGCGUCAAGCGCCCCCCUCGGGCGGCGCGGCUCGUGCAAGACGUCUCGCGAGCGCGUCAAUGAGGAACCUCAGUCGUCCCGUGGAAGGUCUAAAUAUUCCACUUACCAGAGUAACUUUAAGGCGGGAAGGAAGUCUAGCUCUCUUAUGAACUUGUGCGACAGCGGGCUGGGCCGCGCGACGCCGCCGCGGCGCGCCGCGUCGCCGGGGCUCCGCGCGCUUGGCUCGCCGGCGUCGGGCCCGGGCUCGCUGCCCGGGGCUAUCGGCAAGCGGCGCGCGCACCACGACGACUCAUCCGACGUGUCUUCGACGCACUCCUCCAUUAUGGACUACUCCGGGCCGCGGUUAUACAAGCAGCCCACGACGAAGUCGAAUCGCGGCAUCAUGCUGAACGCGGUGGAGUAUUGCGUGUUCCCGGGCGCGGUCAACGCGGAGGCCAAGCGGCGGGUGCUCGAAGAGAUCGCGCGCUCCGAGAGCAAGCACUUCUUGGUUCUGUUCCGGGACGCGGGAUGCCAGUUCCGCGCUCUGUACUCGUACUGUCCCGACACGGACCACGUGGCCAAGCUGUACGGGACGGGGCCCAAGAACGUCAACGAUAGGAUGUUCGAUAAGUUUUUCAAGUACAACUCGGGCAGCAAGUGCUUCUCGCAGGUGCACACGAAGCACCUGACGGUGACCAUCGACGCCUUCACGAUACACAACUCGCUGUGGCAGGGCAAGAAGGUGCAGCUGCCCAGCAAGAAGGACAUGGCGCUAGUCAUCUAGGCUCUAGUCGGUAGUAGCGCCGAGUCCCUAAGUUAAAGUCGGUUAGUGCAUUUCCUCGCGGAGCUGUGUUAAGUUAAUUUCGCUUGAGUGAGUGAUGUCGCCCGACCCGGUCGGCGCCUGUGUCAUAUUGUACAGUUAGGACGAUAGGAGGUCGUGAGCUCGAAUCGAGUUAGGUUUAUUUGCAUUAGCUUCGAUCGGUUCGCAUUACAUUUUUGAAAGUUUAUCAUGUUGAAUUUGUGACCGCUGUGUUGUGUUAUUUAUUUCCUGUGUCUAGCUCUGCGGCGGUUCCCACCUGCGAACUUGACGGCACUGAGCGCUCGGAUGUUGACACUUUAGAGAAAACAAAUGAAUUCAAUGUUAAAGUUUAAAUAAAUGAUAGUAAUGCAAUUUAUGUUAAAAUGUAUAAGACUGAAACUUAAUUUUCAUUAAAUAAAUCCAAUUAUUUCCAAGAAUAAGCUGAUUAGUUUGUUUGACGUUUCGUUUGGCGCGCGGGUGGGGCCGCGGCGUCGUCGCUUGGCGUGUGUGUUGAUGCUGCGUUAGUCCGGCAUUCGAAUGUGUUACUCAGUGUAUAAACGCAAUGUUUGCCAUAUGUAUUAGUGAGAUGGUCGAUACGUUCCAAAUUGAUUAAAUUGUCUCAAAUGUACCAGCCGAACUGUCGGGUCUCUGGUCGUAUUAGAUACCUUUAAACUUUAAGUAAACUGUCCUCACGUCAAAUCAAAUAACAUGUUCACAAACUAAUAUCGCUUAUUUGUUAUAAAUAUUAACUCGUUAGUGAUUAUUUCAAUUGACUGGAGUAAGAUUAAGGUGAUUACGUAUUCGUUUAACUGACCCUCAUUUAACGUUAUUUCUAUUUCCAUUUUUUUACUGCUUGUAUAGCUAAAAUAAGACGAGGCACAUUUUACGUGGUAAUUGUACUGCCUUAUCCUGUAAAUAAUUGUUUUUGUAUACAGCUAUUUAUUAAAAGAAUGUUAAACGAGAAUUGAUGAAUAUCAUUUUUUCAUUGUUUAAUGAUUUGUCAUCAAUAAUAAAUAUACUACCGAUAGUAUAUGGUAUGCAAAUAUAUUGUAUUAUUAAAAAGCAUAACGAAAUAAUAUUGAAUUUCAUAUUA